AUGGGGUUUUUUGACCGGACACAACCUAGGGCUCAUGCUGUGGAGAAAGGCAGUCGGUGUUACGGCCAAACUCUAAUGGAAGUUCUGUGGUCCGCACGCGAGCUGGGUACUCGUGCUGUGUUUGGGCUCCUGAUGCCGUCGUCUGGGGUGGGUGUGCCGCCGGGCCCUCGCCGCUGCUUGGUUUUGUUGGUGUUUGGUUGUGAUGCUUCUUCAUAUCAAACUUGGGCCGCCAAUAAGCUAUUCGUGGUUGGUGAUAUCCUAUUGUUCAACUUCAUCACCAAUGUGCAUGAUGUUCUUCAAGUGCCGAAAGAAUCCUAUGAUAGUUGCAGCUCGUCUAAUCCCAUCAGUGACACCUUCACCAUUGGUCUUGUCAACAUAACCCUAUCCACUACUGGUACCCAUUACUAUAUCUGCACUUUUGGUCGGCAUUGCCUUUUAGGCCAAAAGUUAUCUGUUAUUGUCUUGAGCUUUCUAGGUGGUGUCCCACCUACGAGUACGAGUACUCCACCUUCCACCCUAAUAACUCCUACCACACCAUCUCCGAUAUCAGGGACCCCUGUUGGUUGCGCUCCAACUCCUGCAUCAUCCCUUACUCCAACUCCAGGGACAAUGUCGCCACCUAAUUCUUCAUCGUCUGGUGUCUUUGCUAGUUUAUUCAUUUUCUUGUUGUCCAUUACCAUGGGCUUCCUUUUCUAA